UCUGACCUGACAUGUUCGUUGUUGUUUUUGAAUCCACGUGCUAGGUUUAUUAUCAAAGAAAAUGGGUAAAUUUAGAAGUAAAUUAAAAGGACAAACUAAAGGGAAAAGAUGGCCAAAAGGACAGAGUUCCAGUUCCAAUCCCGAAACCAAAAAACACCGAGAUUUAGCAAAAUCUCGCUUUUUUCAAGAAAAUUUAGGUCCCAGUAGUUUAACGUCAGAUGCUCUAAAGAAACACGAUGCCGUGCAGUCAUAUAUUCCUAAAGCUCCUGAAUCCAUUAACAUGGAGGAAGAUACGGAAUCUUCUGUUGGAACACAAUCAUCUUUUGCUACAAUGAAAUCUUUUGCUUCAGAAUGGUCAGAUUGUAGUAACAUGUCAUUUAAUAGAUUUUUGACCGUAUUUAGAUCAGAUUCUGCUUUACACAAAGAAAUGUUAGCAAUAUUAGCAGCCAUAACAGAAGUCAUAAAAGAGAAUGGAGGAUCUGAAACACCUACUGAGUACUUUUGUUCCCUGAUGACAACAUUAGAACAAGUGUAUAAUGCAGAAAAUAAGAAUGAAGACCAAGUAACAGCAGUAUUAGCCUUGUUAAAUAUGGGUAUAAAAACAGUUCCAGAAGCUGUUUUAAAGAAACAGUUCAAUGAUAUAACAUUAAAAAUUUUGCAUAUAUUAAGUGAUUAUGCAGAUUCAGAAAAUAAUACAAUAAUGAAAUCAAUAUUUGGCAUUUUGGGAUCUUUGCUAAAAAUACAAGAGUUGGCAGUUUGGAACCAGCCAAGCACAAUACAAAUCUUCAAUGCCUUACUGAAUCCAUUUUGUAUUCACACUAAGCCUAAGUGGAGAAAAGCGGCACAACAUGCUGUUACAUCCAUAAUAACAACAGGAAAUUUUGUUAAAGAUAGUUCCUCUAACCCGGCUGCUGAUAGAGCAGCAGAAUUUUGUGAACAAACUUUAGACUCUUGUAUGGGAAGCACAUCUGGUGUAGUCCUCGUAUCUUCAGUCCAAGCUGGUCAGACUACAAUCCUCCACAUCCUUGGUUUGAUGAAGGAUAUUAUAAGUAAAUUUUCCAAACAUCAUAUUAAGACUUGCUGUGAAACUAUUCUAAAAUUAAUGACCCUCAAUUAUCCCAUUGUAACAUCAUGUGGUAUGCAGGUCCUUUACGCAUUGUUUUCAGCACAGACUGCCGUAGUACCUGGAAAACUUAAUGCUCAAUUGAUCACUGCUCUUUAUGAAUAUCAGCCAUCCCUUUCAGAUGUACAACCUACUCAGGCUUGGGUUACAGUUAUGCAGCAAGCUCAUGUCCAUCUUGCUGAUGUCGAUGUUGCUCUAGCAAUGGCGACCUUGCCUAAAAUAAUUGACAGCUUGACUCAAAUGUGGCUCUCGGAAAAAGCUGAAAUAAUGACAUCUGCAACUCAUGCUUUAGAAAUAUUACUAAAAGAUGCUCUCGUUACUGGAUGUAGCUCCAAAGAGUUAGUAGGGCAACACAGAUCCAAAGUCGAAAGGUGUAUUCAGACAAUUCAGCUAUGUUUGGGAUACCAAUAUAACGCUUCUUGGCAUCAAGUGUUACACAUUGUUAGUGUGUUAUUUGAGGUUACGGGCCCGAACUGCAGUGAUAUGCUACUAGGACUACUUACCAACUUAGCAGAAUUAAGGGAUUCAUACAAAUUCAGUUACAACAACGAACUAGAACACGCUGUAGGGGCUGCCAUCAGGUCUAUGGGACCAGAAGUAGUUUUGGAAGUUAUUACGUUGAAGAAACCUAACGGAGAUCUCAAUAUAGACAGAUCGUGGUUGCUUCCAGUUCUCAAAGAAAAUAUCAAAUGCUCCACUUUGGAGUAUUUCGUUAAAGGUAUUUUACCUUUAGCUCUUUACUGUCACCGGAGAUCUGCCCAGUUAGCUCAAAAUAAUGAUGGAAUAGGAGCGCACAGUUCAGAAUUACUUUAUUUACAAUUAUGGAAUCUUCUACCAUGUUUCUGUAGUCAUCCAAAAGAUAUCAAGGACAGUUUUAAGACUGUUGCUAAAGUUAUGGGUACCGCAAUUUCUGAUAAGAAAGAACUUCGUUUAGCAGUUAUGGCUGCAUUAAGAAGGUUAAUUUCUUGUGCCAAAGAGUCAGAAAAUCAGGAAGAUCUACUGGAAAUAAGUAGAUUUGACAAAAACUAUUUGCCAAUAUUGUUUAAUGUUUAUACUACCAAGCCCAUUGGUACUGACGAAGAAGGUCAAAGAUUGGCUGCAUUGGAUACAAUAAAGUUAUAUUUAUCGAUUGCAAGACCAGAAUUAACUCAACAGCUCUUCAGUAACGCCAUAGAACGAUUAAAUAGUAGUUCAGAUGAACCAGAAGAUCAUUUUAUAAAAGAAUCGAUCCUGGAUUUAAUUCGUGCUUUAGUACCAUACCAAAAUGCUCAGAAUGUUGAAAUUUUAUAUCAGCAGUGUAUUAAAAACUUACCAGAAAUAAAGAAUAAUAAAGAACAGAAAAAGGCUUACAGACUAUUGGAGGAAGUAUGUGGUAGUGAAUCAGAAGGGUGCCAGACAUUUGUUAAAAGUAAUCGAAAGGAGGUGCAACGUCUACUUAUGAAAUCUCUCAACUCGGCUGCAGUCUCCAGUAAAGGCGCAAGAUUACGCUGUCUUAACUACUUAAUUAAGGCCCAACCUCAGUUGGAUCACGAAAGUAAACUUAUCAAAUCUGCUAUUCCCGAAGCCAUACUUUGUUGUAAAGACAUCAACGAGAAAUGUAGGACUACAGCAUAUGAUCUUCUAAACACGAUAGGAAACUUAUUAUUGGAACACGACAAAAUGCAACAAUUUUUAGAGUUGAUUAUAGCCGGUUUAGCUGGCACACCACAACUUGUUAGUUGUACAGUCUUGGCACUGGCCUCAAUUUUACAUCAUUUUUCAGGUACACUAGGAAUGGAUAAUAUCAGGAUAAUUGUGGAUAACGUUUGUACAUUAGCUGGAUCUCCUACGAGAGAAAUAGUUGCAUCAUGCUUAAGUUUUAUAAAAGUGUAUAUUACGACACUUCCUAGUCCCAUGGUAGCUUCGUCAUUAGAAAAUUUGAUGAAAGGGUUAUGUAAUAUGACGGAGGACUGCAAGAGGCAUUUUAGACUAAAAAUUCGUGACAUUUUGGAUAGGCUAGUCAGAAAAUACGGCUGUGAAUCUCUUACUCCUUUCGUACAAAACACUGACACAGUAAUGUACAAAAGGCUUAGAAACUUAAGAAAAUUAAACGCCAGAAAGAAGAGGAGGAAAGAAGAAGACAGAGAAGAGGAGAGUGAUGAUGAAGAAUUCACUGUAAAGGCUAAACCAAAAAGCGUCGAAGAAAUUUUGGCAGAUUCAGAUUCAGAAUUCGAAGAUAUGGAAACAGAUGAACCCAAAGUUAAAAAUAAGAAGCAAGCGAAAACAUGGAUUGAAGAAGAUCCUGACAACAUCGUUGACUUUAUUGAUCCAAGCGUCAUUAGUAAAAUCACUGCUACAAAACCUGGACUCAUCCAAACAACCUUUGAAAAGAAAAAGCCCGAGAAAGACCGAGGAUUUAAAACGGCCCCGGAUGGCAGGCUCAUAAUAAAAGACGAUUCGUCGUCAGAUAGUGACGACGACAAAAAACUUAAAUUUUCUGAUGACUCUGAUUCUGAUGAUGAUUCUCAAAGUAAAGUCGAAACACUACUGCUAACAGAUCGUAAACGUAAAAGAAGUAAUGCUAGCGUCAAAAGUGGAUUUAGUUCAGUUAGUUCUCAACCUCCCAAUAAAUAUAAGACUGGAGGUGUUGGUAUUCACAGACCUUUGGGAGGUAGCAGUUCUUCCGUUAAAAGCGGAUUUAGCUCAGCAGGUUCUGAAUAUAAAUCUAGGAAAGCAGCUGGAGAUGUCAAAAAGAAGGGAAAACUGGAUCCCUAUGCAUAUUUACCUUUGAAACGUACAUCCUUGAAUAAGAGGAAAAAGAAUAAGGCUGCUGGUCAGUUUAAGCAUAUCGUAAAAGCAGCAAAAUUAGGAGCUUUAAAAGGUGCCAAAGCAAAAAGGAAUAAAAACAAAUAAUUUAUUAAGUGUUAAACAAUUAUAGAAAUAAAACUAAUGUUAUUCGUUUUGUAAUGAUCUUUAUUUAUAAAAGACAACGGUUAAUCUGUUAUAAUAUAUUCUUGCCUAAAUCCUAAAUAAAAAUAUACAAAUCACUAUCAAUUGUGAGCUUCAAGUAAAUAGCGUAGCGCCGUGAAAAUAAUAAUGCAAAUAACGAAUGAUUUACUUUUUAAUGCUUCAAAAACCAGGCACGUUUCUUUUCUACUAUUCGAUGCAUUCUUUAGACUGAAUAUAGCUGUUUUUUACACUUACUAUUACUUAGUGUAUGCAUGCGCCACGUUUUUAAUACUGAGUAUUGAAAAGACCAGAUAAAAUAAUAGUGUGAAUGAGAAUCAGAACAUUAAAAAGUUUGAAGAUUAAGUUGCCAAUCCAAAUAGCGUAGUAGAUUUGGACAUAAUGAAAAGAAAUGAAAGGGACGAGAAAAAUAUGUGUAUAAUACAUAUAAGUGGUAUCACCUAAUAUAUAAUAAAUUAAAGAGUUUUAUCAAAUAAAAUCUGCGAAAUGUUGAAAAAGUAGGAAAUGAAGACAAAAAAAGAGAGAUAUUCAACAUUUUUCAUCAGAAGAUUGGUAUUACCUACGGUAGAGACAUGCAAAUGGAGAAGCAAGUUUAACUAUCAUCAGUAUCUCUUGAAUGCGAUAAAGGUUUUAUUUAUAUUACAAAUCUGUAAAAGUUAGCGUUGUGUGAAAAGUUAAGGAGAGAACCUUUAAUUAAAAUGCCAAUCUACACUUUUGAUAAAUAUCAGCCGAAUGAAGACCCCACAAUUGCUAAUCGAUAUAAAAAUGUUAACCAAAUUACUAAUUUAAAUAAAAAAAAAGAAUACCAUCUAGUCAAUCAUAAACUCAAUUUUGAACAUAAUUAAUUCUUGGAUUCAAGUUAACAAUAUUAAACCAUUUCAAGCAGGAUAUAGCAUUGCUCUGCUUUUGACAAUACUUAAUCUAAAUAAUAAAUAAAAAUUUAACACGCAAGGAAAGCGGUAAAACAUGGGUAUGGCUUUGUGUACCUUAGUGCUGCUUCAACACUCUGGUCAAUGGAAGGUUUAUCAGAAUGCUUUAGCUUUAACGUAGCAGUGAGACAGAUGUCCCUGUUGAGUACAGUACUAUGGCGCAUUAUGUGUUGACAAAUAUAAUGCUAUGAUUAUGUCUCGUGUUAUACGCGGAUAACUUGGUUCUGCUGACAAUUAGUCUGUACGUGUUUCAACAGAUGAUUGAUAAGAUUCUGUAAGAUAUCGAAUCUAAGAAUCAAUCUUAAUAUUUAAAAAAUUCCAAAAUGAGAUAGUGAAUAGAUACAAAUAUUUGGGCAUGAUUGAGUUAAAGAAACGGCAGGUAUGGGUAAACUGGCUAAUCACACGGUUUGCAGUCGUGAAAUCUGUUUUGAUUUUGGGACCAGUGUGCGAUCUUUUUGAGCCCGAUGAGAUAGAAACAAAAUUACUGCAGAAAAUGGUUUCUGUUUCGGGAUUGUAGACAAAGUAUUGUCCUAUUUUUAUAGAGACGGCUUUGAUAGAGCGAACAUAUUCACAAUAAUGUUCACAAUUAAACUGCAUUAAAUAUAUUAGGCUAUUCUCAUGAUACCUGUAAUUAGAAUUGGGCAAAAUUUGAGGUUAGGUGUUACUGGGAAUGAAGAGAAAGUUAACCUUGUAUGGCAGGAAGAGUUCGAUUGUUUUGGGCAUUAUAAAGCUGGGAAAGCGAAAAUAAAGCCUAAAUUAUUUGAUAGAAUGGGAAAACGUUUGAGACAUUCCUUAACUAUUUAAAUGGAUAUGUAGAGUUUUAUAUUAUUAUUGAAUGAUUAUAUAUUAGCUCAAUGUGUAACGUGUCCAGUCUUCAACGCGGUGAACGAGAAAUAAAUGUGUAAAUACAAAAAUUAAACGAUUCACUUUUACAGUCGUGCGCGCCACAAUGUCGAGGAAGGGCGUAUUUCGAUGACCCAUACCUACUUACUCUACUACAUACCUACGCAAUGAUUUCUUUUAUUAAAUGAUCACAUAUUAAUGCAACUCCUUAACGCACGUCACCUUUCGAAGAACAUGUGUUGAACAGUUUACUUUCCAUAUAACGUGUAAAUAUAGCAUUGCUUUCAUUUCUGAUCCAUUCAACCAACGUCAUUUAUUCCGAGGAAUUUCGCUUAACCCUUAGUUACUUAACGGGUUUGGAACGAGAGAGGCACUGUUUGGAAUGAACGUACUUGCUCAAAGAUGUCGAGAUAUAUCUGUAGACAUAUACUGUUGUUUUAUUGACUUCCAAGAGGCAUUUGAUCGUGUUAAGUUCUCUGUAUUGACCGAAGCUCUCUCAUCAAUCGCCGGCCAAGCCAGACAUUGGCUUGGCCGGCAGAGAUAUUCGAAUAAUUUCAAUUUUAUAUUGGAAUCAAACAUCAGUUUUAGUAGAUUGUGUGGAAUCACAGGCUCUCAAUAUUAAAAGAGGAGUACGGCAAGGAUGCCUCUUGUCACUCCUGCUGUUCAACGUUUACUCCAAAAGAAUUUUCAGAAAAGCACUUUAUGAAAAACGAGAAGAAUUAUUUGUGAAUGGUGAAGUCAUCAAUAAUUUGCGAUAUGCGGACGAUACAGUACUCCUAGCUUCUAGUCAAGAAGAUCUCCAAACACUACUUGAUAGUGUCGUUGAGAGUUGUAGGGAGGCAGGUCUGGAUCUGAACAUACGGAAAACCAAAAUACUCGUAAUAAGUAAACAACAGCAUAUAAAACCGCCUACUUAUGUAAAUAAUACCAAACUUGAGCAAUUUGUUGAGCCCCAAAUAUAGGUUGCUACAAUAUAUCAUGCAAGGAAAAAUAGCAGGCAAAUGCAAUCCAGGACGAAGAAAAACCUCAUGGUUGAAGAAGUUGCGAGAUUGCUAUGGUGAUGAUACAAGCAUGCUAUUUAGGGUUGCAGUGAAUAAAAUUAAGAUAGCUAUGAUAGUAAAGCACAUGGUACACGAAGAAGAAGUUAUUUACUUAAUAAAUAUUUAAAAAGCAUAAUCACGCCACUUUUUACCUCUUCGGGUACAUUAGGCACACUUCAAAUGCGCGAGAUUGGAUCUGUGUUUGUGGCGUUUAUAGUAUACAAUUUAUUCGCACCUAAAAAUACCUAGUUUCCGUAAAAAUGGUGUCCUCGGAUCACAUUCGAUCAAGUAAGUUUGAGAGCCGGGCCUUACGGGCUCUAUAGUAAACGAUUCAGUCAUGAACGAUUCAUCACGAUAAAGCAGAAUCUGUUGUAGAAUUUUCUUGUCCGUUUAUUGACUUCUGUCACAAACAUGACGUCAUCGGCAUUUUUCAAAAUAUUUAACUCAAUGUGUUCCCAGAUUUUUGUGGGAUUCUAUCGAACCGUUUCAAAAUGUCGACUCUUGAAUUAAAAAAAAAUAUCUUAAAACUCCUUGCGGAGGACUCUUUUUAAUUUCUUUCAAAUAAUGUAUGACAUGCCAUAUAUUAUCAUUUUAGGAAAAAGCUUCGAUGACAUCAUAUGUUUAACAGAUUUCAAAAGAAGUCUAUCGGUAUGUCGGAAACUACAAAAAAAAUUGACCUGCUUGAGUAUUUCCCUUUCAUAUAAUGAAUGUUUUGUAAAAACAUUCAUUUAUUCCAUAUUGCUAUACGGAGUGGGAACAGAGACUCUCGGAAUCACAAGUAUGAGACAUGUAGAAGCUUUUUGAGAUGUGGAUUUUUCGAAGGAUGCUGAAGAUCUCUUGGACAAAGCACGUGACCAACAACGAGGUGCUGAGAGGAAUGGGGACCGAGAGAGAACUCCUAAAUAUUGUAAGAACCAUAAAAACGAGUUAUCUAGUACAUAUUUACAGAUGAGAAAAAUACAACUUCCUACGACUGAUAAUGGAAGGGAAACUGGAAGGAAGAAAAGGUCCAGGAAGAAGAAAAUGCUCCUGGCUGAUAAAUGUAAGGACAGGCAUGGACGAACAUUCAAUACUAAGAACAGCUCAAGAUAGAGAGUAAUUUGCAGUAGUUAUAGCCAACCUUCAGUAAUGGAGAGGGUACCUUAAGAAGAGAGUAUUUUCCAUAAAAGCUGAAGAGUACCACAUUAUUAGGGGUAGUACAUGCUUUUUUUACUCAGUCGACAUUUUGGUAUUGAGUGAGGUAAUAAGGCUUUCUAAUAGGUAUUACUUGCCAUACGGUUUCAAAUAAGUUUACAAAAUAGUGCACGUCCGUCAUUUUUGAUGAUUGUGUCACUAAGAUACCAUAAAAACAAUGUAGAGAGAUACUUUCCUUCAGUUAUCCAGACAUUUAUAAAUUUAUAUUUUGUGAACCAUUUCCUAAGAGGAAACCGAAACGUCAAAAUAGGUAUUUUCAAUUAAAAUUUGUGGUAAUUCUUAAAAGGUAGAUAAAAAUGCAACAAGAUAGUUUCAAAACCAUAUUAGUUUUUAUGGUUAAAAAAGUAGUUGAGGGUAGAAAGCUAAAUUUAAUUGCGCACUAAAUAGAAGGGAGUGUAUAUACUUUUCUGUCCUAUUGUGCAUUUGGUGUCAUGUCCUGCACUUUAUUGUUGUAUUAUUUGGUGCCCUAUCCAAUUAGUAGAUGUUGGCGACAAUUCUGGCAGAGUGCAUGGGCAUCGAGGUUUGUCCAAUCCCUUAUGUUUUUAAGCCAUGACUAUUUCUUUCUUCCGAUGUCUCGUUUUCCUUCUAUCUUCUAAUUUCGAAAUAUAUAACCCAGAUAAGUAGUUUUUCUUCAUUUUAUUAUUGGCACCAAUUAUUUUCCUUAGUCAUUGUUUUUAUAUCUAAUCCAACACUGUAUCAUAUGCCUUUAUAUAAAAUGGUAUCAGGCGUGUUAAAAACGCACCUAAUAGAUUACAAAUUUGCGUCCAGGUGUGAAAGAUGAUUUAAAGCAUUAUAAGCACCUGCGAGAAACCUUUUUUCUUAUAACUACGAAUAAAUAUCCUACGAGUUUGUAUUUGUGAUCAAGUGGUCAUUCGUCUCUCUAAACGACCAAAAUUUUAUGACUUUUUACCGAGUGCUACUGAGAAGUUUUAUUGCAUUUCAUAAAAGCCAAUUUCCAGGAUAUAUUACACAGCUAAGCGGACAAAACACUAAUGCGUGCACAACUAUAUAAAAAUGUGAAAACAGAAAAAUAAGGAGUGACAUAUUGUACAAAGGACACAAGAAAGACUUCGAACAAUAUCUGCGACAUAUCAGCCUAAAUACUGCAUAAACGUCGUAAUUAGAAUAGUAAUUAUUACUUAAUCCCCUUGAAACAUGAAAUGGACAAGGACAAAUAUUUUACGCUAAUAAAGGGUAAGACAAAAAAGAAAAAUAUUUGUAAAUAAAAGUUUCGCCAAUAUUUAUUUUGAAAUAUGUAAAAUUUUACUUUUUACAAUGCUUAAAAGAGCUUGUUACUAUUCUCUGUAUGUAACAAAAAGAAUAUAACUUUAAAUACAUAACUUUUAUAGUUUAAAAUAAUAUAAAAAUGGAUAAUCAAAAAAGAUAACUUGAUGGUACUCCUUCAACCAAAUUUUUAAUCACUACUCCAAAGUUAUAUUCUACAAAGAAAAUUAAUAAAAAGAAUCUAUCGUGUGUGUAUAUAUAAAAAAAUCUCACUAUAUGAAUCAGCAU